AUGAUCCUAACUGUGUUUCUGAGCAACAAUGAGCAGAUCCUGACAGAAGUUCCAAUCACACCAGAAACAACCUGUCGCGAUGUCGUGGAGUUCUGCAAGGAGCCUGGAGAAGGAAGCUGCCACCUGGCUGAGGUGUGGCGUGGGAAUGAACGUCCCAUCCCCUUCGAUCACAUGAUGUAUGACCACCUGCAGAAGUGGGGACCCCGCAGGGAGGAGGUCAAGUUCUUCCUGCGGCAUGAGGAGUCACCAGCUGAGAGCAAUGAGCAGGGUGGACGUCAAGCCCAGAAUCAAAGAAAUGGCAUCAAUAUCCCUGUGGAGAAACGUGUGGAGAAUGGGGUUGGGAACCCACGUGUUGAGCUCACUCUCUCUGAACUGCAGGACAUGGCUGCCAGACAACAGCAGCAGAUUGAGAACCAGCAGCAAAUGUUGGUUGCUAAGGAGCAACGUUUGCGGUACCUGAAGCAGCAGGAGCGGCGCCAGCAGCAAUCUGUGUCCGAGAGUGAGAAGCUGCAGAAACUCAAAGAACGUGUUGAAACCCAGGAGACAAAGCUGAAAAAAAUCCGUGCCAUGAGGGGACAAGUGGACUACAGCAAGAUCAUGAAUGGCAACCUGUCAACUGAAAUCGAGCACAUCAGUGCCAUGUUCCAGGAAAAGCAGCAGGAGCUGCAGGCUGCAGUGUUAAAAGUAGAUCAGCUUACUCAGCAGCUGGAGGACUUAAGGAAAGGGAAGCUGAACGGGUUUCAGUCGUACAAUGGACAGAUGACAGGGCCUGCAGCUGUAGAGCUGAAGAAGUUGUAUCAAGAGCUACAGAUCCGAAACAGGCUUAACCAGGAGCAGAACUCCAAACUUCAGCAGCAGAAAGAACUCUUGAACAAGCGCAAUAUGGAGGUGGCUAUGAUGGACAAGCGAAUCAAUGAGCUGCGUGAACGACUGUACAAGAAAAAAGUUGAGUUGAAUCGUAUUAAUGGAACUUCAUCCCCUCAGUCAUCCCUGAGUGCUUCAGGAAGGGUGGCAGCAGUAGGACCUUACAUCCAGGUUCCCAGUGCUGGCACUUAUGCUGUACCAGUGGAUCCAGUUAAACCACAGUCUCUCACCAUUGCUUCUAACUCAACACACGGCAGGUCAAAAUCAGCUAAUGAUGGAAACUGGCCAAUACUUAAACAGAGCUCAGCCCCUGUGGUAAAACCCCCUCAGAUCUCCAACGUGGACUGGAAGGAAUCAAGCAUGGACACAGCUCUAAAACAAGGAACUAUAUCCAGCCAACCUUUGCCAACUGCAGUUCUAGGAAGUACUGACAAGCUGGGUCUUGAUCUGGGGAAGGUGCCACCCACAGUUCCUGGUGUAAGCAAGCAGCUGCCUCAAAACUAUGGGACCUAUCCAAGCCCAGUUCCCUUAGGAACAGGUUCCACAAACUCCCUGGAGAGAAGGAAGGAUGGCAGCCUGCCCAGACCUGGCACCAGUAUAGCAAAUCGGCAGAGACCAGUUCCACUCCCACCGCCCAGCAACGUGCACCAGCCCAGCUCCUCACAGCAGAUCCAGCAGAGAAUCUCUGUGCCCCCCAGCCCCACCUACCAACCUGCUGGUCCCCCCUUGUUCCCAGGAGGGGAUGGCAGGCCAGAGCUCCCUUUAACUGUGGCAAUCAGACCUUUUCUGGCUGAUAAAGGCUCAAGACCUCAGUCUCCCCGCAAAGGACCACAGACAGUGAACUCCAGUUCCAUCUACUCCAUGUAUCUUCAGCAAGCAACACCACCAAAGAAUUACCAACAGGCUGUGUACAAUACCUUAAAUAAGUCAGUAAAAGCAGUUUAUGGAAAACCUGUACUACAGUCUGGUUCCACCUCUCCCUCCCCCUUGCCAUUCCUUCACGGCUCUUUGCCAGCCCAACCUUCCUCACAGCCUCAGCCUCAGCCUGAGGUCUCUGACAAAGAUCCAGAGCUGGAAAAUGCUCCACCCCCCAGUGAAAACAGCAACGUGGAGAACAUUCCUCGCCCUCUCAGUCCCACUAAGCUCACACCCAUCGUGCACUCCCCCCUGAGGUAUCAGAGCGAUGCUGACCUCGAGGCCCUGAGGAGAAAACUGGCCAAUGCGCCGCGGCCCCUGAAGAAGAGAAGUUCUAUCACUGAACCUGAAGGCCCAAGUGGACCCAACAUCCAGAAGUUGCUCUAUCAGCGCUUUAACACUCUGGCUGGAGGGAUUGAAGGUGCUCCUUUCUACCAGCCAAGCAACCCACAGGACUUCAUAGGCAUCUUGGCUGAUGUGGAUAAUGGGAAUGCUAGCACCAAUGGCAACAUUGAAGAACCAGUUCCUGUGCCACCUACAGUCCCUGUCCCCGAUGAGCCUCCCCCUUCGUCAGACGCCAACGAUAACGAGCUACCUUCUCCUGCCACCGAGGAGCUGAUAAGCACUGAAACCACAAACCAAACAUCUGAGACAACUGAAGACAACAACAACAACCUUGCUAUAGUCCCUUCCACUGAGCAGUCGCCCAGUCCCACGCCAGAGGUCAGUUCUCCUGUAGAAGAUGAAGCUCCUUUGCCACCUGCUCUUCCUCCUCCACUUCCUCCAACAAAACGUACCAACUUGAAGAAACCCAACUCAGAAAGAACAGGCCAUGGUUUGAGAGUGAAGUUCAAUCCCUUGGCUCUCCUCCUGGAUGCUUCUUUGGAGGGAGAAUUUGAUCUGGUGCAACGAAUCAUAUACGAGGUUGAUGAUCCCAGUAAACCAAACGAUGAAGGAAUUACACCUUUGCAUAAUGCAGUGUGUGCUGGUCAUCACCACAUUGUGAAGUUCCUGCUGGAUUUUGGUGUCAAUGUAAAUGCAGCAGAUAGUGAUGGGUGGACUCCCUUGCAUUGUGCUGCUUCUUGCAAUAGUGUUCACCUCUGCAAACUACUGGUUGAAUCUGGGGCAGCUAUUUUUGCUUCAACUAUAAGUGAUAUAGAAACUGCUGCAGACAAGUGUGAGGAGAUGGAAGAAGGUUAUAUCCAGUGUUCCCAGUUCUUGUAUGGAGUGCAGGAGAAGCUGGGAGUGAUGAAUAAAGGGGUGGUGUAUGCUCUGUGGGAUUACGAAGCGCAGAACAACGAUGAGUUGUCAUUCCAUGAGGGAGAUGCCAUCACCAUCCUGCGGCGCAAGGACGACAACGAGACGGAGUGGUGGUGGGCUCGGCUCAACGAGAAGGAAGGCUACGUGCCCAAAAACCUCCUUGGGUUGUAUCCACGAAUAAAACCUCGGCAGCGAACCCUUGCUUGAAGUCAGUUGUGCAACAGUGCAAGGCCGUGCUGGUAACUGGAAACUUCAAACAUACACUGGAGCCAUCAUUUCUGAGCAUUUCACACAGAGAAAUAAAACUGAUCCUUA